CAUCCUGGCCUGAUGGAUGCUUCGGCACUUCAGCAUCCUCAGUCCUGACCACGGAACUAACGGGACCAACGGACCGCCGCUCUGCAGUUGUGAGUUUUUACGACGCUGACAUGGCGAACAGGGGGCCCAGUUAUGGACUGAGUCGAGAGGUGCAGGAGAAGAUCGAGCAGAAGUACGACCCCGACCUGGAGCAGCGGUUAGUGGACUGGAUCAUUGCUCAGUGCGGAGGAGGGCUUGAUCGGCCACAACCCGGGCGUCAGAACUUCCAGAGCUGGCUGAUGGACGGAACAAUCCUCUGUAGACUCAUCAACAGUCUCUAUCCAAGAGGGAAGGAGCCCAUAAAGAAGAUCAUCGAGACUCAGAUGGCCUUUAAGCAGAUGGAGAAGAUCUCUCAGUUCCUACACGCAGCAGAAACGUAUGGAGUCACUACGACUGAUAUAUUCCAGACGGUGGACCUGUGGGAGGGGAAGGACAUGGCUGCUGUGCAGAGAACCCUCAUGGCUCUGGGGAGCGUCGCCGUCACCAAAGACGACGGGCACUACAGAGGCGACAGAGACUGGUUCCACAAGAAGGCGCAGGGGUAUCGACGUGAGUUCACAGAGGAGCAGCUGCGCCAAGGCCAGAGUCUGAUCAGCCUGCAGAUGGGCAGCAACCGAGGGGCGUCCCAGUCUGGAAUGACGGGCUAUGGUAUGCACCGUCAGAUAAUGUAGACCUCUUGCUCUGUUUCCUGACCUUACUUUGUACUAACGUGUCAAAUUCUUGCCGCGCUAACCUCCCUGAAACUGCUGCUCUCCCACCUCCUCUUAAUGAAUGAUGUCAAAUGCCAUAAACAUCCCUCCCAUCCUGUGUCCACUGAUCAAACUGCAAAAAUCUUCCAGGUUCUCUGCAUGUUGAAAGUCAAAAUUGAAACAUGAACAUUACAAGAGGCAGCAGGUAAACAAAGCCCUAGCUAAGAUCUAUUAACACAAAUAUCACUUGAGGGCAGAACAAUAUGUAACGUAAAGAGCUGUGGCUUCACAGCGAGAAGCUGGCAUGAGGUCUCUUCACUUCUCAUGUUCCUCUCCCUAUCCUUGGAUUUACCAACCCUAUUCUCAAUUGGACUCAUAAUUGUCUGUCAGUGUUUGUUUAUUUACGUGUUCCCAGUGUUGAUGGGGGGAACUUUUCAGUGUCCAUGUUUGUAGUCCAAUGAAACUGGGAUUAGUUGUGGAAUUAGCAUUUGAACAUAGAUUUUUCAUACAUAUCAGUGUCUGCAACGUCCAGGAUCCACGUGUACACCACAUAAGCUAUCAAUAUUAUUAAGCAUCAGAUGCUGCUUUCUGACCUCCCAUUGUUUCUUUUCAACACGCUAUGUUUCUGUUGCCAUGACACCCACGGACAGUCUGAUGUUGUGCCUGACUAAAAGGAUUGGUCCUAAUAUAAAAUCACUGUGUAACUUUUGCGUCAUUUUUAUUGCAAGUGUGUCAACGUGUCGGCGCAUUGAUAUCAUCAAAAUGUGCAUUUGUUUGUAUCACCACGUUUUGUUUACAACAUAUUUUUAUCUGGGGGCCUGUUGGAAUU